GACCUUUUAAAGAGACUGAACAACAUCUCCGCUGAGUUUUUAAAAGUGUCCCGGCGGGAUGUCGUUCCCCUUCGGUGUCGGUACGCAGGUAGCCGCCAUCAUGGACGUGCUGACCAAAGCCGCGGUGGCAGAAAUCACGAAGCUGGUGGAGGRGGGCGCCUUGGUCCUGCGCCUGGAGGUGCAGCGGAGGGACAGCGAGAUCCAGGAGCUGCGGAGCAGUCUGAAGGUGAUGGAGACUGAACUCUGCGAGGCUCACGAAGCUGCAGCGAGACGAGCUGCAGAGAAGGAGGAGGAGCAAACAAGAGCAGGGAGUCUACUCCUGGGGGAUCAAAAUGAGGGUCAUGAAGAAGGCAUGGCGUUUCCUCAACUAAACCCAGCUGAUUUACUCUGCGAGGGCUUCAUUGGAAAAGACCAGAACCAGAACAUCAGCCCAGCUGUAAAACAAGAACCAGAAACUGAGCUGCUCGUCACUGAAGCGACAAAUCACACGGAGACGGAAGUUGUUUGUUCGAUUGCAGAAAGUAAAGGCGACUCUGUCUGGCCUGCUUGUGGUGUAUUUGAGAACGGUUCUGCUCCGUUGCAGCGACACGCACAGAUUUUCUCGUCAAGCCUCGAGCCGUAUUCUGCCUGCAGAGACGCACUAAGCUCUUAUAAUUCUUUAUCAUCUCCAAGAGUUGAAUUAGCUGAUGGUUGUUUACCUGUUCCAGUGAAAGUAGAGGAGAGAAUUCACCCUGUAAGUGUGGAAAAUACUUCCACAGUUAGUUAUGAUUCACGCCCUGCGGUCCUUCAGGAUGAGCCUGCUUCGCAGUGGGCGGGGCCAUCAGCAGCUCUGCCUCAGAGAUCCACAGCGGGAGGCUCAARCAGCGAACAGGGCAACAAAUUCACCAUCAGCUCGAAAGGCAAAAGGCUGACGAACAUGAAACUCUUCAUCUGCUCCGUGUGCAACAAGGGCUUCACGUACCUGUCUCAGCUGGAGCACCACAAGACCGCUCACCACGCCCUGAAACCCUUCAGGUGCCUGGAAUGCGGGAAGUUUUUCACCCAGAAGACCCGGCUGAAGACGCACCAGAGAGUGCACACGGGCGAGAGGCCGUUCAGCUGCAGGGUCUGCGGCAAAAGGUUCUCCAGACGGGACAACUGCCUGAGACACGAGCGCUUCCACAGCCGAGCCAAGCAGUGCGAUAAAAGCUUCGGCCUGCAGGCAAAGCUCAGGUUACAUGAAGACGUUCACCUGCUGGGGAGGUAGCGCUGCUCAGCACUGAAAAGUCCCAACACUGACUUUAUUUCUGUUUAAAGCCACUUCUUUUUAACAAAUACAUUCUUGUUUGUAUAUUUUAAACUUUUUAAAAUUACAUUUUAAUUAGACAAGCAUUUAGCUGUUUUAUCUCAUUAAAAUAUGYUGUGCAUUUACUGUAUAUAUACACUCCAAAACUGUUUGCAAACAUUUAUUUAGGAGUUUAUUUUGGAAUUAUCUUGUGCACAUUCAGAUCUAAGGUAUGUCUGCUCCUGGAUUUGUUUUUGUGCAGUCAUUUUAUUAUCUUUUUGAUGUUUUUUUUAAACAAAUGUCAUGUUUUUAUUAGAGUAUAAGCAAGGAAAAUUAGUUGUCAAACAGAUUUCAUCAUGUUAUGUUGUUUUUUAAAUAAACAAACAGAUACAAAACACUUUACAUUUGUAUUAGCAAAAUAUUACAAAUUUACUAUAUUUGCUGGUUUUAUGUUUUACGUUUGCUGAAGUUAUUUUAUAUAUAACUUAGCUAUAAAUUAAAAAUAAUUUUUUUUGUGGGGAGAUCAUUGAAGCUUUUGUGGUGCAUUUUAAACUAUGUCUGUAUUUGCUUUGCCUGCUUUUUAAUAAAUUUUCAAAUUCUUUAAAAAAAAUCUUAAA